AAGAGUAGAAGAUAUUACAGCAAUAUUACAGGGAAGAAACACGCCUGUACCCCACAAAGAAACGAGCAGAACCAUAUCUUCAAAUCACGCUUAGAUAUAUUACAGGCGAAAGCAAAUUAUUUUGCCUGGUUGUUCCCUUUAGGACCUGCAAGCGCUGUGUCACGCGCCGCAAACGGAGGGGUCAAGGCGGGUCAUCCAGCAGCAGGUCAGGGGAAGGAAAGUCGACCCAGGGCAAGGGUCUUAAAGGGUUAUUCACAACCGGCAACUGCUAGAGUCUCGUCUUGCCUAUAUAUAUGCUUCGCCGAGUCUCUGCAUCCAGUGCCUUCUUCGAGAGAAACAAACAUGAAGAUCGUAAUCCUCGCCGUUUUAUCCGCCGUGGCCGCCGCUGCCCCCCAGAGCUACGGCGCCUCGCCGUCUCGCCCUGAUGCCCAACAGGUGCCCAUCCUCAGGGACGACCGCGUGAUCGAGGACGACGGAAGGUACAACUUCGACGUCGAGACAGGCAACGGCAUCCUCUUGUCCGAGUCAGGCUCUCCCGGUUCCGAGGGAGCCAUCAACAGCGCCGGUCGAUUCUCUUUAAAACGUUCUGAACAAAAAGUCGCCCAGGUUCAACAAGUCCGGUUCAUUCACAGCUACACCGCUCCCGACGGCACGCCAGUACAAGUUCAGUUCGUGGCCGACGAGAACGGUUUCCAGCCCCAGUCCGACCUCCUGCCCGUGGCCCCCGAGUUCCCCCACCCGAUCCCCGACUUCGUCCUCGAGCAGAUCGCCUUCGCCGCUCAGGAGGACGCUCGUAGGCCACAAGAUACUUCUGGAAGUUACGGCCAGUAAGAAUUCAAAACUGAUGAUAAAUGGUACAACAAUGACAUUCUUUAGCUCGGAGUUUUAUACGUAGAUUAUUUUGUAUUUAUUUGCUUGUUGCUAAAUGAAGUAUAUCGUAGGUAUUAUGUGUCACAAACUGUUCCGCGGACAGAUGUCGAAAAUAAAGGUAUAAUUUCAAA